AUGGCCAGGGACCCCGUAGAUCAGAAUGGUGGUCUGGUUGAGCCGAACUGCGCGGUUGAUCGGAUUGGGCUCUGCGAAGCAAGCAACACAAUGAAUCAGAUUGGGAUUUCGAAGCACCAAAGCGAGAUGAAGGCGCUAUUGUCAAGCAUCGACAUGCCAACUAGAGGACAUAUGGGCAUCGAGCACGGAGGCCGGUCUCAGUUGGAAGAUCUCCUAGAUAUGGACAUGGACUGGGAGGCGUUUGCAUCCCAUCUAUGUGGCCAGCCAGCCCAGAAUGAUAUGCUCCAGACUACUAUGGAGCAGGAAACGACGGGCUACGAGGCAGGUUGUGUGUCUUUAUAUGACCUCCUCUGA